UUCUUGAAAAAAUCGAUUAAUCAAUGAUCGUUCUAAAAUCGCCAUCCCUUUUGUAAAUCAUUGAAUUUCGUAAAUAUCAUACCUAUAAUUUUUUUACUAAAACUGAAGUGUAUUAUUUAUUUAUGAUUUAGUAGUACGGUGAGGUUCAAUAAACUAAUAAAUAAAGAAUUUUAGAACGGCGUACCGCUAUUUUAUAACUCGUACAAAUCUCAAUAAAGAACAGCAUGUCGUCUCCUUUAGAAAAUCUUGAAACUCAACUUGAAAUGUUCAUUGAAAAUGUGAGACAAAUUCGUAUAAUCGUCAGUGAUUUUCAACCUCAGGGGCAAAGUGUACUGAAUCAAAAAAUUCAGUCCUUAGUGACCGGAUUGCAGGAAAUUGACAAAUUGAAGUCACAAGUUCACGAUAUCCACGUACCAACAGAAGUCUUUGAUUACAUUGAUCAAGGCCGUAACCCACAGCUCUACACAAAGGACUGCAUAGAUAAAGCAUUGGCUAAAAAUGAAGAGGUGAAAGGAAAAAUUGAUUCAUACAAGCGAUUCAAAACUCAUUUACUUUCUGAGCUAUCGAAGACCUUCCCUAAUGAGAUUACAAAGUAUAAGGCACUUAGGGGUGGAGAAUAAUUUACUUUUAUCACAAUGGUGACUUUAAUUGAGAUAUAAUAAUAUCUUAAUAUAUGAGUCUAAACUAAAAUAAUAAUAUUAUUGUAAUGUCAUAAAUGGUCAAAAUGUGCCUAAAUGUACAUAAAUGGCUGUCUGAAGAUCGAAGUAACUAUGCUCCAUGCUACCAAC